GUCGUAUACAGAUUUGUUGGCAUGUGAACCCAACCGAGGUUACCGAAGCAGAUCGCGGGGAUGCGGCGAUUUGUAGCCGAGAACGCCGAGAUUAGGAUGACGCGAUAAUAUUACCGUUACUCCGCUAUAAAUAUACCGGAGCCUACACGCGAUUCUCUUGAGAUAAUGCGCUGUGAGACACGCGAAAAUCGGUAGGAGUCGGCGAGGCGAGGCAAUAAACCCAGGUAUGUCGACGAUGGAGGGUUCGCUCAGCAAGUGGACGAACGUUGUCAACGGGUGGCAGUAUCGAUGGUUUGUUUUGGACGACAAUGCGGGCCUUCUGUCAUACUACACGAGCAAGGAGAAGAUGAUGCGCGGCGCGCGUCGCGGUUGUGUGCGAUUGAGAGGCGCUAUUAUUGGCAUCGACGACGAGGACGACAGUACGUUCACUAUAACGACCAACUCCUGCAAGGAUGAUCCGAAAACGUUUCAUUUUCAAACGCGCAACGGCGAGGAGAGAGAACGCUGGGUUCGUGCUUUGGAAGACACGAUACUGCGCCACUCUCAUACGAGAUGGGAUCCUAAAAAGUCUCCACCCAAGCAAGAUUUUGAUCGCAAGGUAGCCGAAGCUGAUGUUUAUCUUCAACUCUUGAUCGAUCAGAUCAAACUGAUUGAAGGUAAAAGGGAUGCGGCUGAAGAUGAGGAAAAGCAGAAGACGUAUUCUGCCAUUCUGUCGCAAGCUAACGCCAUGCUUAAUUCUGUUAAACAUACCAUUGUCCAGUUGCAAAUUGCAAAGAAUACGGCGAUACCUGUUAAUGGAAUAUAUAGAGGACCGUCAAAUUCUAUGCACGUCUCACCUUCGCUUUCUCACGUUUCAGCUAGUACGCCAGAAGCGACAGUGCAAACCGGCAUCGAGUUGGGCUCCGAAUGUGUAGAACCGAGAAUAACUACAUUGUCAAAUGUUGUAGAUAGAGAUUUACCAGUACCACAGUUCUCGUACUCGUCUUCCGACGAGGACGACGAUUACUUCGAUGCCGCGGACGAGAUACCAACUCCGGCAGUCCAGAAUCAUAUUACGCUAUAUUCAGAUAAUGAGCGAUUACAUUCAACUAUGGACAGUGCCACGGGAGAUAAACGCAAAGAACCGCCGCUGCCGCCUAUCAAAGGCGAUGGAUCAGUAGAUUACGAUGCUCUUUACGAAGAAGAAAGCGAAACCGAAAUGGAUUCCAUGGAAAGUCAUGGCUCAGUCGUGGCUCAUCUUCUGUCCCAAGUGAAGAUCGGCAUGGACUUGACGAGGGUUGCCCUGCCAACGUUUAUCCUAGAGCGCAGGUCACUCCUUGAGAUGUACGCCGAUUACUUUGCUCAUCCCGAUCAAUUUGUAAGCAUUGCAGAUAUGCCUACACCUCGAGAAAGGAUGGUGCAAGUAAUUCGCUGGUACUUGUGCAGCUUUCAUGCCGGACGUAAAUCUGGCGUGGCUAAGAAGCCGUAUAAUCCGAUACUAGGUGAAAUUUUUCGGUGUCAUUGGAACAUACCCAAUGUUAGUCCCUCUGAUAACGCUGUAGAUUCUGCUAGCAAGCUUGUAUCGGACGGUCCUGUACCGUGGUGCAAGGAGAAUCAACUUUCUUUUGUCGCUGAACAAGUCUCUCACCAUCCACCAGUUAGUGCAUUUUAUGCUGAGCAUGUUGGAAAAAAGAUCAGUUUCGGGGCUCACGUUUGGACGAAGAGCAAGUUCUUGGGUUUAAGUAUAGGGGUGCACAACGUGGGAAAAGGUUGGGUAAACGUGCUGCAACAUGGGGAGGAAUACGUUUUAACUUUCCCUAACGGUUACGGCAGAUCUAUCCUCACAAUACCGUGGAUAGAGUUAGGAGGAACCGUAACGAUAAGUUGCGUGCAGACCGGCUACCAUGCGACAGUAGAUUUUUUAACGAAACCUUUUUACGGCGGUAAACGGAAUCGAAUUACAUGCCAAGCCUUUCAAGCGGGAGAUAAAAAGCCGUUUCUUGUUAUAAACGGAGAAUGGAGCGGAGCGAUGGAAGUGAAGACGUCGGAUGGUAAGACUGAAAUGUUCGCUGACGUUAGAGACCUCAACACGGAAAGAAAACUGGUCAAAACAGUAUGCGAGCAAGAUGAAUGUGAGUCACGAAAAGUUUGGCGUGACGUGACAGUUGGCCUACGUAUCAACGAUAUGGAUAAAGCUACCGCGGCCAAGUGUGCAAUCGAGCAAAAACAACGAGAAGAAGCGCGGCUACGAAAGGAGAAUAAUCUAGCGUGGCAAACAAAACUUUUUAAGGAAACCAAAGACGGUGGCUGGAUGUACAUAACACCUCUUGUAGACAGAAUACACAGUUCUAGCGAUCAAACGAAUGUUACCUAACUAUGUAUACAUGUGUAUUACGCGAUAAUUUUAGAUGCAGCACAAUACUAGAAGAGAAAUCGUGGCCUACUGCCUGUAAGAAUUGUAAUAUCAGGCUUAAUUCAGAAGAUACACAUUUUCACGUUCGAACAAUUUCGGUAAAUAUUUUUAAGCGUAAUAGUCACUCUUAGUUUAAUUAGGAAAGAGGUAAAGCAAUAUUAUCCACUAUUUUACUUUUCGUAUCAAGUUUUAAGUUUCAAUUAAAAAUAUUUUGUCAAUAAUAGAAUGUGAAUAAUAGAAUAUGAAUUUUUAUGAUAUAAACUUGUAUCUUCUUUUUUUUUAUCCUUGAAAUAAUUUCACACAGAUAUCGUAAGCUUCUAUUAUAUCCACAUUUCAAGUAUGUGUACGUAAGUGAAGUUUUUUUUAUAUAUGUAACAUUUAUUGACGCUGUAAUUUCUUAUCAGGAAAGAAAUUUAUAUGUAUGUACAAUUUACGCAAACCUGUAUACAUCAUAUUGUAUAGAUUGCAUGCCAUAUUGUAUAAAAAAGUUGUUUUACGAUGUCACUAAUGGACGUAAAUAACACGAUAUUCUAAUUAUAGAAUUUAUUAUUUUUGCGCAAUCUCGGAAUUGUCAUUUGGCAAGAAUAAAUUUCCAAUAUGUAAGGAAUGGCUCGAAUUCCAUAAUUAUGGAUUUUUUAAAUAAACUUAUGCAUUUCUUAUGCGCACAAAACGA